AAAGGAGAUUGAGGGAGGGAGAAAGAGGGAGAGGGGCAGAGAUUGAUCGGACUGCUGCUCCGUAGUUCUGAAGUCAUUAGAAAGCCCAGCCUCGUAGAAGACAGGUAAAACAGCAGGAGGGAGUAACAGUGCAUUUUAAGAGCCCUAACUGGUCUGCAAAACAGGCUUUCUUAUCAGGGAAAAAAGAGAGAAGCAGACAAAGGUAACAGGAAAAAAUGAAGAGAAGAAGGGAGAAGUAAAGAAACUCUCACUGGAACACGCAAGCAAAGGGUCACAGGCACAUUGCUUUGUGACUGAUAACAGCUUGGAUACACCACACACACAUACACACACAUAUAGUGACCAUUCCAGGGGUCACCGACAAAAAACACACUUAUACAUUAUACAGUCUCAUCCUCUUUCAAAGAGGUGCACAUGUGCACACCUAGCUGAAGACGGGGAGAGCUCACGCUGCCUGACUGACUGACCUCGCCUUGCACGGACCCUAAUUCUGGAGUCUUUGGGGAGGGGGGCGAGGGUCAAACUGGGACACUGUUUUCACUCCCCACUCCGGGAAAACAGCCUGCGAUCAAGCUGCACCUGCCCCACGCUGGACGACCAGAGGGCUUGGAGUUAAAAGGGACAUCGAGCGAAAGGGAGUCUUCUGACUAGGGUGCUUCACCAACAGAGGACAAGGACACCUACUAAAACAGCUCACCUAUCGACCUCCUCCAUUGCCCAGAAUCCCCAGCACUGUCCAAGAGGAGGGCCUCUGCCACUGGAAACAAAUGGCACCACUUUAAAUCAAUAUGGCGGACCUGUGACUUCAUCACUGCCACUCCAUCUUGUCUGGUGUCGAUCUGCUGGGCGAAAGAGAGGCCAGAACACUGUCCGUUGUGUGUCAAAGAACUACAGGAACAUGGCUGGAACAGGACAAGGGGAAGGACACGGGCAAGGUCCCAUCUGAGCGUUAAAAAUAACUACCUGCGAAAGAGGCAUUUUGAGAUUGAUGAUGCAUCAAUCAAAAAGGAAUCACGCUGGAAAUUUUUUCCCUCCAUUUCUCCUACAGCAGGCUGGUUUGAUUUGCUGACAUUUAACUUUAGCUUGCAGCUUGAUGAUUUCAUCACAGGUUUCUCAUUACCUUAAAAAAAAGCUGUUUUUUUUUAACAUUUGCAGACUUAUUUGACAAUAACAGCAUCUUUCAACCUGGGGUUUCCUUUUUAGCCCUUUAAUAGACAGCGUGAUUUAAGUGCGGGUUGACAUUUUGCAUAAUCCAUUUCGUUUUGAUGAGGCAUAAUAAGGCGGAAACCAAAUUCUUUAGUCAGUAAGCCUUGGAGGAGUUAAACCACAUGUGACUGAAAAAAAGGAAUAUAGUUGCUUUUGCAAGAGUGGCAAGCGAGGCUUAAGCACGUAAGUGUGCGAGAGCUCCGUAGCUCGAUUUGAGACGAGCAGAGGAGAGGAUCUAGACUGCUGCAGUAUCGUUCCACGGAGUCAGAUGUGCGCUUGUGCGUCUCCGGGCUUUUGGAUGAAUCAUAAUGAUUAAACAGAAAGGUGACAGAACGAACUGCAGUAAAUAUUUCAGAGGGGGAAAUAUGAUCUUCUGUUCAGUUAUCUUUCCUCACUGGAUCAGAUCACAGCUCUGAAGCAAACCCGGGCCACGCGCGCUGAGCAGCGUAGCAAACAGAUAAAAGCUCCACCUGUUGGAUGCGGUGUCCGCCACUUUUGGAAGAGCGGGAUGGAGAGUCUAGAUGAACUGGAGCACCCCUUGCUGGGUGGCAGCCCCAAGCACAGUGGAGGACCUGUUGCCAGCACUGGUGGCAAUGGGCUUUUAAAAGGCAUCUUAGUGCGGUGCGGGGAGGAGAGCACACUGCCCCCAGUGGCCUGGAGGAGUUACUGCACCCCAGCAGAGAUCGCCCAACAGCAGCUCCUGGACCCUUGCUCUCUACCACGCUCCCUGGAGUCCCUUUACCCAACAGCUCCGGCAUGGGGCCAAUCAGAGUCUCUGGGCCUACAGAGGAAGGACUAUCUGGAGACCACAUUUGUGGACAUGGGCCCUGGUUCCCCGCUGGAGAAGAAGCUGCUGGACGAGGAACGGGAUAGUCACAGCAUCUGCUACAGCACAGAUGAGGACGACCUCCUGCCCGAUUAUGAGGACUCUUCGAGCGAAUGCUUCAGUGAAACCGACAGCGAGCGCAACUUCCCGCUGAUGAUCCCGCAGGACUACCUGGGCCUCGCCGUAUUCUCCAUGCUCUGCUGUUUUUGGCCCCUGGGGAUUGCGGCGUUCUACCUUUCCCAGAAGACUAACAAGGCGUCGGCCGAGGGGGACCUCCAGGGGGCGAACUCCGCCUCUCGCCAGGCGCUCUGGUUGGCCGUGCUGUCCAUCGUCUUCGGCGUCGUCACGUACAUCUGCGCUGUCGCCGCCCUCAUCUCCUACCUGUCCGGGAAACCCCCCUAAGCCCCCCCCUCCCCCCCAUUGGGCUCACUCCCCUACGGCAACCCCUUACGACACACCCCAGCUCUCAACCCCACCUUUCCCCCGAUCCCCAGUGUACCCCUGAGAGUUCCACAUUAACAGGAACCCUGUGGUUUGGAAUGACCUGCAAAUGAAUGGGAAGGGAGAUGCAUUGGGAUUGGACUGGACUGAAAUAUGUCACUGUUUAAGUCUAUGGGUGGGCCAUAUGUGUUCAGCUUAAUCUGAGCCGGACCAAAAUGUUUUAAUUUAUGUUCAAGACAUGAAUUUAAAAAAAACACGCAACCUGAUCUGAAAUGAGGUCCUGAGUCAAAAAGCUGAUUAAUGACAAUAGCUUUGUUUUCCCAUGACAAGCAGUUGUGAUGGUGACAUUAUGAAAGCCCAAGUGUCUCAGAAUUUGGCAUUUUUGGCAAGCAUAAUUUUAAUAGCAAUGUCACACAGAGAAAGCAAACAAAAUGUGAUUAUGUGUGAUGUUAAAAUGUUUUCUGAGAGAAAGCUCUGUUGAAACAAAUCCCAGAAUCCUUUGUUCUAUGACAUCAUGAGUGACAAUGAGUCGUGGAAGCACGGUGUGCAAGCUCAUAGGUGACAUCAGUGUAUAGUUAUAACUUGGUUUUUUUUAGAUGGUUUCAAACAGACAUUUUCAAUUCAUGAUCCUCAGGAAACAUUACGUUUUCCUCAUUUUUUUUGUAAAAUGGAACACGUCUACAAUUUUAUCAACAGGAGUAGUUCACCAUGUCUCUGUGAAGAUGUGUUCCAUUGUGUUCCACAUAGUCAUAUCUAUGCCUUUUCAUAGUAAGAUGUUGCUUAAAUUGCCCCGUUAAGAACGUUUUUAUUUCAAGUGAAAUUACUCCUGAACUAUGUGAUUCUAUUUACUUACAAAUCAUUUUCAGAUCGAAUCUUUCUCAAGGCAGUAUUUGCACCUUAACUAUGUAACAUGGAAUCGUUUGGUGAGACUUGCACUAAAACAUUGAUAUGUAAAGUCAAUAGUAAUAUAAAUCUAAUACUGUGAACAUAGAUUUUACAGAAAGCAAUCUGGAGAUGCAGUAAAGAUAAGAUGGACACGGAUGCCUUUUCCUCAUUCUCCUGGCUGUGUUGCUCUCCUGUACCUUUGCACGUCCAGAAUUCACCUGUUUAAAUCCACUGGAGGCUUGCAAAGCCCUUGUCAACAUUUCUUUAAAGAAUUGUGAAGAUUCACAUAAAGCUCUGUGGGCGGUGUUCUCCCACACGCAAAAUAUUCUAGCUGAAUUCCAUUACAUUAUUGUGUAAUGGAAUUAACAAUGGCAAAGGUAACAAUGGAAUCAUCAUCCCUGAAAUCUCCGUGGAGAUGCUGAACAAAAGAUUCUUUUAAGAGAGAAUGGUGAUUCCCAGAGAGUGCUGCAAGAAAUGGAACUGGAACACAGAGGGAACACAGCUAAGUCAUGAGCCACAGCUAAGUACAGAAAGUGUUUUUUGUGUCUCAAUUCCCAUUCUGACUAAUACCGUACAUGUUCUUCCCCUGCACACAAGAAAGCAGGGACCCUUGAGGACUGUAAUGCAUUGAGAGAAACCCCCUUGCCAAUGUCAUCCCCUGAGAGGGAUACCUUCACAAUCAGGCAACUAUCUUUGAUAUUGCAGCCGAACAAGUUGAGCUGCGUUAAUGAGCUGUUGUACAUGUUGACCCUUUGAUCAGAAGUACAUCAGAACACAAGAAGGCAAUUACGUUUCCAAGGAGAUGAGAUAAGCCCGCUUCUGAACCGCCGCUCGAGUCGAGGCCUCGGUGGAGUGCGGCAAUCAAGUCACGUGACCGGACAUUCUUGGACUCCCAGAGCAAGGCUUGCAUGUAAUCAAAGAUUACAUAACUCUGCAACACAUUCCAUUUUGAUCACCGCAAAUGAUGUCUGUGACCUUAAGUUGUUAGCGCAGAUGAUUUGCAUGGUAUUUUUGCACUUUAUUGCAGAUUUUCAACAUUGUAUGUUUAUCUUGCUUCCACCAAUGCCUUGUGUUCUGUUCUUCAUACAAAAGAACCUAUAAAAGAAACUACAGCUCCCCCAGGAAUUAUUUCUGUGUUGCCGGGGAGAACUUUAGAUGUGUGCAGUAUCUCUGACUAUGUAAGCCUCUUAAAAAACUCAAAUACUCAUCAAGUACAGUUUACGUUGAGCAGUAAAUACUAUACAUAUAUAGCAGUACAUAGUAUAUAACAAUAAGCAACCCACAGUCGGUGGUGCAGUCUGCAAAAGUAGAGAGGACCAAUCAAAAUAUUUAUAGCCUUGAUUUUAUACAGAUAUGGCCUGUAAAAGGAGAUUCAUUUCAGGCAAAAUUGAUACUCACUGGUCAUGUGUUAAUAACAAGCGCAGGAUUUUAGCAUUAUUUGGCAUAUGACGUUCUAUUUUCCAGAGCACACAGUUAGUUACAAUUAGAGAAAGUCUCUUUAAUGCAGGCAGCUUACCUUAGAGGAUGUGUCUGUGUUGAGUAAACCUGGACACUACCACUGUCAAGUACUGACAUGGAGUUGGGGAUGUUAAGUGAGUUACACUGACCAAGCACUGUGCAAGCAAUCCUCACAUGCUGAAGAACACAUUAUGUAUACGAUUCUCCUAAUCUUAUCAAUGUUCAAAUCCAUCUACAAAUAUUUCAAUAGCAAAUAGGGAUGCAAUCAACUAAUGGCAAUGAUGUAUUUAUAAUAAUACUGAUUGGAAGGUGGUGAUUAAAUUAAAUUAAAGAUACAAUUUUAAGAUUUAGGCAGUGUGUGUAGAUCACUGAGGUCCUAAUAUUGUAUUCAAGGGAGAGUAUCUUAAGCACACCAGAAAGAUCAAGAUAAUAAUAUAUAAUGCAUAAUCAUGUGACUCUUUUUCCCAUAAUGCAUCUGCACUGCAGUUUGCAUCUUCUAACUCCAAGUCUCAAGCGGCAGAAAAAUGUUUUCGUUAAAUGCACAGCCUCUGCACCAAUGACCUCAGAGAGUCUUGUUCCACUAUGCUUUGAAUCUGAGCUUCAUGGGAUAAACUGGUCCCAGGUGCUGCAUGUACGUCAUGUCAGAAGCAUUCUUCUUUUCUUUCAAUCGUAGUAAAUCUGCAGAAGGACACUAAAUGACAGGGGCAGGAGCCAAGCUGGGGAUUAUUUUUUAUUGUGUGUGACAGCUGACUGCUUCUGGUGAGAGGGGCCCAGACUGGCAACUUGUGCUGUCUCUCAUCCACCUGAAAAUGAUCAUGUAAAUAUGCCGUUAAAGAUAUAAUAAACUGAUUCAAACAUC